AUGAUCACCGGAAUCGCACAUACCAAUCUCCUCGUACCGGAAGGUACGCUGGACAAUGCACACGAGUUCUACGCAGGGACCCUAGGCCUUACGGCUAGUCCUGUUCCCCAGCUGCAGAAGAAUACUACGGCAUGGUUCAAUAUCACCCCAGACGGUAGCCAGCAGAUUCACAUCGCAUUUGGGACGAACGAGCGGGGUUCUCCGCGCCAUCCGUGCCUCAGGGUCAGUUCCCUAGAAGCUCUGCAGGUGCUGCGACAGCGCAUAUGGGAUCAUCACGUCCGUGGUGGUGCAGCGGCUCCUCUCGAGGCGGAUAAGCCUGGGGAAGAGAUUUCUGCGGAGUAUCCGACGCGGUUCUUUGCGAGAGAUUAUGCUGGGAAUCGUAUUGAGUUCAGUUUAUAG